GGAGGGAAAAUAAAUAAUACAACAUGGUGAAUGGUGUAGCGUAGCCGCGCAUGUUGAAUAUUUCUAUAAAUUCGCCGGUUAGGUCUUUUGUUAAUGCAAAAAUAACAAACGUAUUAUUACAAACAAUAUAAAUAAAUAUAAAACUUUAUCGUUACAUUGGUGUGGUUAUUUUAUGUGAUAAUUGAGUUAAAACAGUAAACACACGCGUAAUAAAUAUAUGAAACAGUUUUGCGAUGGAUUUUUAUUUUUCUGUGUAGUGAAUAUUAUUUGAAAUACAUAUAAAAUGUCUUUAAAGAAAGAAUCUCGGACAGACGUGCAGUUUCAUCUCGCGGCGCUGCGCGGAGACUGCGACAGGCUCAGACAGCUCUUGGAUACCGGCAAAGUGCAUAUUGACUCCAGAGAUCGGGACGGCACCACGCCGCUGAUUCUGUCAGCCGCGAUGGGGCACACGGAGUGCGUGCAAGAGCUGCUGACGCAAGGAGCCGACCCCGCGUGUUGCAGGACGACAGGAACGACGGCGCUGUUCUUCGCGGCUCAAGGCGGGUUCCUUGACAUCGCGAGGUUGCUGCUGGACGCCGGAGCCGCUAUAGAUGCCCCGUCUGCGGAUGGCGGAACACCCUUAUUCGUAGCCUGUCAGUGUGGGCACUUACCUGUCGUCGAAGAGUUGAUACAUAGAGGAGCUAACGUGAACUCUUGUAUGAAGGACAAAGCCACUCCCCUGUUCAUAGCGGCACAGAACGGGCACGAGGAGGUCUGCCUCGCGUUGCUGUCAGCAGGAGCAGCUGUGGACUCGGCCCGGUUGGACCGCGCCACGCCGCUGUGGAUCGCGGCGCAGUGCGGACACCAGCGGGUCGCGCGGGCACUGCUCGCUGCGGGAGCCGACGCGGACCGACCGCGACAGGACGGUGCAACACCUCUAUUCAAAGCUGCGCACAAGGGUCAUGCAGCGGUCGUACAGGAGCUGCUGAAGUAUAAACCUGACUUAGGAUUGUUGCCGAACGGUCAAACAGCCCUGCACGGUGCGGCCAUGUUCGGGCAGCUCGCCUGUGUCCGUCUGUUAGCUCGCCGCUCGCCGCACAUCCGCAACGCGCACGGACACACGCCAUUAGCGGCUGCUGCUGCUGCCGGGAAACGGGAUGUAGUCGCUUAUCUCGCUAAUUUGCACUCGUGAUAAUAGUAACAAACCUGAAACAUAAAUUAAUAAACACCCCCCCCCCCCCCCCCCAAA